AAUGCUGCUAAGUCUGAGAAACUUAAUGACUGUUAUAAAACCUGAAGAAUAAAUAUAGGUUUGAACUUUGAACAUUUUCGGUCUCUUGUGAAUGAUCACAUGUGUUAAUAUAAGCUAUGACUGCCUGAACCUGUGCUAAUGUCACUGCAGUGUUUCUCAACAAUUUGAACCUAAUUAGCGAGAACACAACUUUUGUGAAGGGCAGCAAGUUGAUACAGGAAGAGCAGGUUACCUGCAGGAAAGGAAAUAAAAAUUCUUGGAGCAACUUAUUAAGGUAAACAGAUUGCAGUGGAUUUCUGGAUGGCAGAUCUGGAAUGGACACGAGUCCUCUGGGAGGAUUAGAACUGUCUGAACAUACUCCUGGUCUACUAGGGAAUAUCACCAUGGCAGCAGGUCUUGCAAAUGUAGGAAAUACAUUUGGAGGUCCACCAAGUUCUUUAGUUUCUAGACCUAAUAAAUUCCAAAACUCUCCUAUAGAAGAUGACGAUGAUGUAGUUUUUAUUGAACCUAUACAACCUCCACAAAAUACUACAUCACUGAUAGCAGAUCAAAGGAAUGCUGCAUUUUCAUCAUCAAAAAAUGAAGAACUUCAAGGGAAUGAUUGCAAGAUGCUUCCUCCUCCAAAAGACUUAAAUUCUCAAAAGGGGAGUAUAAGUGAAACUAUUAUUAUUGAUGAUGAAGAAGACAUUGAAAUAAAUCAAGGACAAGAGAAGAAUGCUUCCAGUUUUAAUGAACGAAGACUUCCAGAGUGUAAAAAUAGAACCAACGAUAUGGAAUUCUCAGCUUCCAGUUUUUCAAGAAGUAAGGUAAAUUCAGGAAUAGGUAAUUGUGGUAUAACCACAGAACCAGACUCUGAAAUUCAGAUUGCUGAUGUUACUACAUUAGAAACAGAUGCCAUGAGCUCUGUGAGUGAUGGUCGUUUAGAAAAUGCUGAAGGGCGUGACAUGAACUUAAUGAUUACACAUGUAACAUCACUGCAGAAUACCAACUUGGGAGAUGUAUCUAACGGACUGCAGUCAAGUAAUUUCGGUGUUAAUAUGCAAACAUACACCCCAUCUUUGACUUCACAGACCAAGACUGGUGUAGGACCUUUCAAUCCUGGUAGAAUGAACGUGGCUGGAGAUGUAUUUCAAAAUGGAGAAUCUGUGACUCAUCAUAAUCCUGAUUCUUGGAUAUCCCAGUCAGCUUCCUUCCCUAGGAAUCAGAAGCAACCAGGUGUGGAUUCCUUGUCACCUGUAGCAUCACUUCCUAAACAGAUUUUCCAGCCUUCUGCUCAGCAGCAGCCUUCUAAACAAGUUAAAGUCACUUGUGCAAAUUGCAAAAAGCCUUUACAAAAGGGACAGACUGCAUAUCAGCGGAAAGGAUCAGCUCACCUUUUUUGUUCUACUUCUUGUCUCUCAUCAUUCUCACACAAACCCACUCCAAAGAAACUUUGUGUUAUGUGUAGAAAAGAUAUAACAACAAUGAAAGGUACCAUUGUUGCUCAAGUUGAUUCAAGUGAGGCUUUCCAGGAGUUUUGCAGCACAUCAUGUUUAUCCUUCUAUGAAGAUAAACAGAAUCCCUCGAAAGGAGUUUUGAAUAAAUCAAGAUGCACUAUCUGUGGUAAACUAACUGAGAUUCGUCAUGAAGUUAGCUUUAAAAAUAUGACGCAUAAGCUGUGCAGUGACCAUUGCUUCAAUAGAUACAGGAUGGCAAAUGGUUUAAUAAUGAAUUGUUGUGAACAUUGUGGGGAGUAUUUGCCCAGUAAAGGAGCUGGAAACAAUAUUCUCACUAUUGAUGGUCAGCAGAAAAAAUUCUGCUGUCAGAACUGUGUUGGCGAAUACAAGCAGAAAUAUGGCAAAUUAACAUCUUGUACUGGCUGCAGAGCUCAGUGCAGGUUUUUUGACAUGACUCAGUGCAUAGGACCUAAUGGAUAUAUGGAGCCAUACUGCUCAACUGCAUGCAUGAACACACACAAAUCAAAAUAUGCAAAAUCACAAAGUAUGGGAAUUAUUUGCCACUUUUGUAAACGAAACUCUUUACCUCAAUAUCACGCCACAAUGCCUGAUGGAAAACUGUACAACUUUUGCAGUUCCAGUUGUGUAGCUAAAUUUCAGGCUCUCAGUGUGCAGUCUUCAACAAAUGGUCAGUUUGUUUCGCCCAGUGAUAUUCAGUUGAAAUGUAAUUAUUGCAAAAGUUCUUUUUGUUCAAAGCCAGAAGUACUGGAAUGGGAGAACAAAGUGUAUCAGUUCUGCAGCAGAGCAUGUUCUGAUGAUUAUAAGAAAUUGCACUGCAUAGUUACGUACUGUGAAUACUGUCAAGAAGAGAAAACGCUGCAUGAGACGGUGAAUUUCUCUGGCAUAAAAAGACCCUUUUGUAGUGAAGGCUGCAAGCUGCUAUAUAAACAAGACUUUGCAAGACGGUUAGGACUGAGAUGUGUUACUUGUAAUUACUGCUCACAGCUGUGCAAAAAGGGAGCAACUAAGGAACUUGAUGGUGUAGUGAGAGAUUUCUGCAGUGAAGAGUGCUGUAAAAAAUUUCAGGACUGGUACUACAAGGCUGCGCGAUGUGACUGUUGUAAGUCUCAAGGAAUGCUCAAAGAGAAAGUGCAGUGGCGUGGAGAAAUGAAACACUUUUGUGAUCAGCACUGUUUGCUCCGUUUCUACUGUCAACAAAACGAGCCAAAUCUGGCAACCCAAAAAGGACCUGAGAACUUACACUAUGAUCAGGGCUGUCAAACACCCCGAACAAAACUAACAGGGUCAGCACCACCACCUUCUCCAACACCUAACAGAGAAAUGAAGAACAAGGCAGUUCUUUGCAAGCCUUUGACAAUGACAAAAGCCACAUAUUGUAAACCUCAUAUGCAGACAAAGUCUUGUCAGACAGAAGAUGAUUGGAAAAAAGAAUAUGUCCCAGUGCCUAUUCCUGUACCUGUGUAUGUUCCGGUGCCUAUGAACAUGUAUAGUCAAAAUGUUCCUACUCCUACAGCAAUUCCCAUUCCUGUGCCAGUUCCAGUUUUCUUGCCUGCUACUCUGGAUAGCAGUGACAAAAUCCUUGCAGCAAUAGAAGAGCUGAAGGGAAAAGUGCCCCCAGACCCUCUGGAAACUGACCUACUGAACUUGUCAGGGAUGGAACCUGAGCAAGAUGGAAAAGUGGAAACUUCUGAUGUCACCGGUGUGAUAGUGGAGUCAAGUCCACUAAAUUCAGAAACAGAGGCACGGACAGCCUUGCCUGAUGUUCCAUAUGAACCAGACCUUGAUAUUGAAAUAGAUUUUCCAAGAGCAACUGAGGAGCUCGAUACGGAAAAUGAGUUUUUGUUACCUCCUGUUUUUGGGGAAGAAUAUGAGGAACAGCCAAGGCCUCGGUCCAAAAAGAAGGGGGUGAAGAGGAAAGCGGUGUCAGAGUACCAGUCUCACGAUGACAGCUCUGAAAACUCAGAGUGUAGCUUUCCAUUCAAAUACACAUAUGGUGUGAAUGCGUGGAAGCACUGGGUCAAGUCUCGGUAUUUAGAUGAAGAGCCUCCAGAAAUAGAGGAACUGAAGUCAACAAAGUCUGUGAAAUUAAAGGAAGAUCUAUUAUCACAUACUUCAGCUGAGUUAAACUAUGGGUUGACACAUUUUGUCAAUGAAAUUCGAAGGCCAAAUGGAGAGAACUAUGCACCUGACAGCAUCUAUUAUCUGUGUCUUGGGAUUCAGGAGUAUUUAUAUGGAAGUAAUCGAAAAGACAACAUAUUUAUUGAUCCAACCUACCAGACAUUUGAACAGGAAUUAAAUAAAAUCCUUAGAAGCUGGCAACCAAGCAUACUUCCAGAUGGGUCAAUAUUCUCUCGAGUUGAAGAAGAUUACCUUUGGAGGAUUAAACAGCUAGGAUCACAUUCACCGGUUGCUCUUCUGAAUACUCUGUUCUACUUCAACACUAAAUAUUUUGGCCUGAAAACAGUGGAGCAGCACUUAAGACUUUCUUUUGGCACUGUUUUUAGACAGUGGAAGAAAAAUCCUCUAACAAUGGAAAACAAAGCUUGUCUUCGAUAUCAAGUGUCUUCCCUGUGCAGAGCUGAUAGUGAAGAUAAAAUUACUACUGGAAAAAGGAAACAUGAAGAUGAUGAACCAGUAUUUGAACAAAUUGAAAACACGUCUGAUCCAACCAGAUGCCCUGUGAAAAUGUUUGAGUGCUAUCUCUCUAAAAGCCCACAGAAUCUGAAUCAGAGGACAGACAUGUUCUAUCUGCAGCCAGAGUGCUCUGUCUCAGCAGAGAGUCCCAUCUGGUACACUGCAACGUCACUGGACCGCAACACUUUGGAAAAUAUGCUCGUACGGGUUCUUUUAGUAAAAGAUAUUUAUGAUAAAGACAAUUAUGAACUGGAUGAAGACAUAGAUUAAAACAAACUUCCAAAAACCGUCAAGAAAACGAACAGCAUUAGAUAUAUUCAUGCUGCUAGACCUUUACUAUGGAAAACAUUUCAAGUUUACCCUUUGUUUUAUGAGUUUUUUGUAGCAGUGUGUACCCUCACCUGGGUAUUACCGUGUAAAUAGUCUGUGAGUGAAAGUUUCCAUUAUUCUGAGUAGUGGUUUUAGGAUACAUAACAAACACAUUUCAGAUUCUUUUUUUAUUAUUUAUUUGAUUAGGUAUGUUUGUAACUUUUUACAUUGCGAAAUAUGAAUGAGAAUGUGCCAUGUGUAAUUUUUUUUUUUCCCCCCCCUUGUAGUAAGAGACAUCCAUAUUGCACAACUCUGCUGUUGGAAGCUCCCUUGAAAGGAGGCUCUUUUAAUGGGUUCUUAAACCAGAUGGUUGUGUAUGGGUAGCACUACUAAAGUUUAGAACUUGCUGUGUCUUUCAGAAUUUUUAAAUAAAUUGUAAACUAAUAGUUUUUUUACUUUUUAGUUACUGAAGCCUUAUAAGGUUAUGUAGAGAGAUUCCAUCUUAUGUACCAAAAAUAGACAAAAGAGAAUGCUGUCAAUAUUGGUGUACUGUAAUGUGAAUCUAUUCUGGUGAAAACAUUUUUUUUGUUGCCCUUAUUAAAACCUUAGUGUCCUUUCCUUAUUUGUGACUCUCUCUCAAUUGCCCCUACAAAUAAAAUAGAUAUAUAUAAAAAAAUAAAUGAAUAUAAGCUUAAAGCAUAUGGUCAUCAAGACAUGUAUUUUGUAAAAAAAGAAAACCAAAACCACCUCAAAAAAAAAACCCAACAAGCAACCAAAAACCAGAAGGAAAAAAAAGUCUGAUGACAAUGCUAUACAAUUCUUUUCCAUCUUUACUUUUCUGACUAUAAAUGCCAGUACCUCGUAUUACUGUAAAUCUGUCCUUUGUAGCCUUAGAAAAAGAGAUUUUGUUCUGUAUUACAUAAAGUAAUACAGUAUGCUAAAUUUUUAAAUUCUGUUUGUCAUUGUGGUGUUGUGUUUAAGUACAGUCAAUACUUGACUAUGGGUGGGAAAAUUCUUUAAUGCCUCCAUUCAAAAGCCAUAUGAGACGUGAAGUUGCAGAAAGUUGAAAGACAAGUUUUCUUAAGGAAAGGUCCUUUCAUUUAUUCUGUGUCCUUUUGUUGUACUUUGCAUAAGGAGCCUGAUUUCCAGAUAUAGGUUUGACUGCUUAAGUUUUGUUAUUUGCUCUUGUUUAACUGAUGUGAGCAAUAUGGUAGUUCAUGCAAUGGUUUUGCUAUUGUAAGAAAAAAAACGUAGUAGAAUCUUCUACUACACAAUAGUGAUUAGUUUGACUCUCCCAAAUGGCAUUAAGCAUCUGUUGAGAGGAACCAUCUGCUAAAGGGGGAAACUUCCUGUGUAAAUAUGUUACCACCUGAGGAUUUAUUUCUUGCAAGAUCUUGCAUGGCUUUUUAAUUUUCCCUAGCUUAAAAGAAUGCACAUAGGGUUGCAUCUUUCUAUAUAGAGAAAUAAAGCUUCAGUUGCUUUUUGUUAAGCAAGUUUAUUUAAAUUUCUGCUAUUCUUGUGUGUCUGUGAGUAUGUGUUAACUUCAGAUUUAUAACUCUUUCUAAAGUUAGAUGGAGAUGUUUAAUUUCUCUUUUUGUUUCCUCUGGUGGCUCUACCCUUCCUAUCAAAUGAAGAAAUACUAUGCAGCACCAGUGAGCAGAUCACUAACAGUUUUGAUGCUCUUUUCUCUUUGUGGGUGAAUACGUAAGAACUUCAUUAAUGGUUUGGUUUUUUGCAAGCAACAGCUAUAGAAUGUGCCUGUGAAACAGAAAAGUGGUGAAAUCAGGGAUUGCAGUCAUGACUUUGUUCUGAUCUCUCUCCCCUUGAACACCUGAUGACCAUAAGUUAUGUUUUACUUGAGGGAAUCAUCGUUAGUAUUACCUGUCUAAAAUGAAUCAUGUUCUUCACUUGCAUUUAAGCAUGCAUUCAAGUGUUUUGAUCAAUAGCAAUAAGGAGCACUUGCAGCCCCUUCUCUUAGUUCAGAUUUGUAAGCAGAGGCUUCGGUCCUGUGUUUAACCACAAACACUUUUGUAAAAGUACAAACUCUUUACAUGAAGCUUAAAGUACCCUAAAUUGGGACUGAAGUUAAGUAUGUGUGGUGAGUGUUUUGUCUUAAACAGAAUUCGAAUUCUUGUUCUCAGAAUCAGAUUUCAGUUAACUCUUAAACAAAAAGGUCAGUUUUUAAUACGGCCUGUUUGAACAAUGGACCUGCAUUUUCACUGUCGCUAGAAAAUAAGCAAUGCUUCCUAAAGCUUAUCAGAAGUCACAUUAUUAUCCCAAAUUCCCCACAUUUUCUACUCAAGACUUAGAUUGCAUCAGUGAAAAUAUUCAAGUUUGGGUUUGAAGUAGAAUUUUUUCCAUAUAGAUCUAUGUUAGUAAUCUAAAGAUGAUUGUCAAAAUAACUUCUGUUCCAGAAGAUGGAGCUAUUCUGUCAUCAGCAACCGUGUUUUUCAAGUGGUUCAUGUGUUUAGAUCAUAUGAUGUGCACUGCUGAGAUACUGCAGUCAAGAAUGCAUCAUGGUUCAAUGUAUGCAUUUUAUUCUUAAGUUUGAAUGGUAAUGCAAAAUGCAAUAAAAGGCCUUAGUUCUGGAAAAAUAGAGAUGUAAUUUUAUAAUGAUUUGGAAUUCAGGGCAAAUAAAUUUUCCUUUAUGAGAACUGUGAGCAGCUGCAUUAGAAUCAGGUUGGUAUCAAAGAGUUACCUGCAGCUUGGUGUCCAGAAAAACUUGAAGCUCUACUCCACACAGAGCUUCCAAGUUACUGUGUCACAUCCAGAACCUGCUCUCCCUUUCCACCUUAGAAGGAUGUGAAGUGGCAACCUGGCUGUUCUGGCUGUGCCUGCAGGCUCUGGCAAAGUUCACCUGAGAAGGGUAGCAUGGGGACCGUGCUGCUCGAUGUGCAUGGAGCUCUGAAGAUGGUGCUGGCAAUGCAGUCUGGCCAGGCAGGAUCUUCCUAACUUCUCAAAUCAUGCCAAUGUGUACUCUGCAUCUCACCGGUCUGAGAUCUGGUUUUGAAUAUUCACAGGUGAAUAUUCAUAGUAGCCUUAAGACACUAAGGAAAUUAGAUGGCAAAUUACAUAGAAAGUGCAAU